AUGAGCACAAUAAUUGACGCUGUGGGUAAUGCUGCUGGACUUGCAGUUAAUGCCGUCUCCAGUUUGAUCUAUGAUGAGGAGACCUACGCCGAAAAGUUUGGAAAAAACAAUCCACAUGGCUCGUUUGCUGCGAUAAGAGAAAAUGUCCACAUUAAAUGGUAUGUUGACGCGAAAGAUUAUUUCUACGCCAUUUCUGAGGCGCUCUUAUCGGCUAAAAAAGAAAUCUUCAUUGGAGACUGGUGGCUCUCCCCUGAAUUGUACCUUCGAAGACCACCUUCCAAAAAUGAAAACUUUCGUCUCGAUCGUCUUUUGAAGAGGAAGGCAGAAGAGGGCGUGCAAAUUUAUAUUGCCAUUUACAAAGAAAUAUAUCCUACCACUGGCACUCAGAAUUCCAAACACAGCAAGUCGGCGCUGAAAAAUUUACAUCCGAACAUUAAGGUUCAAAGGCAUCCAGACUUUAUUGCUGAAGUAGGAACACACUAUAUGUGGACGCAUCAUGAGAAAUUGGUUGUCAUCGACAGACGUAUAUCUUUCAUAGGCGGCCUGGAUCUCUGUUUCGGGCGUUACGAUACUCACAGUCAUCAACUCGUAGAUAACGCGGAAAUUUCAGAUCGCAUGGAAAUCUGGCCAGGACAGGAUUAUUCCAAUCCCAGAAUUUGUGAUUUUGCCAACGUCGACCAAUGGAUGAAAACUCUCGUUGAUAAGAAAGAGGUCGCCCGUAUGCCAUGGCACGAUGUGGCAAUAGGCUUUGUUGGUAAACCCGCCCUUGACGUGGCGCGUCAUUUUAUCGAGCGUUGGAACUUUAUCAAAAAGGAAAAGGCCGAGAACAAUCCGAAAUAUCCU